AUGUCCCAGCACGCUGCCUUGACCAGCCUGUUUGGCGAUGACCCUUUCUUCAGCCAGGAACGGCUGCUGUGGCCGCUGAACCACGGGGCCCUUUCCUCGCUGCAGCAAGGCUUCUUCAACCAGAGAGCCAAAGUGGCCGACAGCCUCCUGAGGGAGCUCCACGACGAGCACCCCCUGCUCAGACUCGGCAAGCUGCCCCUCCUUUCCUCCACUUUGGCAGGGCUGAGUGAUGGUAAAGAGCAGCAGAGAGAGAGCCCCAGCAUGGAGCUGCAGAAGGACACGCAGCAGGCCACAGAAAACAACCGUGACCUCCUGGUGACCCUAGAUGCUCGUGGUUACGCCCCCAAUGACAUCACUGUCAAACUGGAGGGGCGGAGCCUGGCGGUGGUGGCCAUGAAGCAGGCCGGGGCAGAAGAGAGCCAGUCCUGCUCCUCCUCUUCGUCCCGCGCCUCCUUCUGCGCCUCGGCCUCAUCUCAGACAGGGUUCGUCCAGAGGAUCGACCUGCCCCCACACCUGGAUCUGUCCGGCCUAUCCUGCUCCCUGAUGGAUGAUGGACAGCUGCGGAUCCACGCCCCCGUGCUCAAGCAGCCAAACAGCGAGGAGCACCAGGUGCCCAUCCGCUUCAGGACAUCGCUGGAAUUUCCCAUCAGCAAGGACAAGACAGAGGAGGAACACACAGACUAACGCACACACUCCACACAUGACAAUACAUUGUUGAAUAAAAAAAUAUAUACACACAUACACACACUUCCACUAAAA